ACACUAUGUGAAGCGCUGUACGGAGCGGCUCAGAGGAACAGAGCCGAGUCCCCUUCCCUAUACCUCCCCUGGUGUGAAAUUGCAGGGGCAGUAGUGGGUGCACACUCUGUCACACAGAAAGAGAGGGGCUCCAUGUCAAACUAAUAUAUAUUUAUAUAUAAAAGGAAAAAAAAGUGGUUGUGUGGAGCACAAGAUCACUGUCACAUGCCAAAAGUCCCGAUACAGAUUCUGUAUUCUGUGAUUCCAUUUGCCUUUCUUUGACUACAGUAAUGAAAGGCAGUACCAGAAAUAAAGAUCAUUCUACUGAAGGAGAAGGAACUGGAAAACGACCAAAGAGAAAGUGCCUGCAGUGGCACCCACUUCUCGCUAACAAAAUUUUAGACUUUUCUGAGGAAGACGAGGAAGAGGAGGAUGAGGAAGAUGUUGAUAAAGUCCAACUUGUAGAUGCUGAUAGUCUAGAACAGGAUGUUGAUGAAGCAGAAGACAACGAAUCACCUGAACAAAGAGCUCGCAGGCCGAUGAAUGCUUUCUUGUUAUUCUGUAAGCGUCAUCGCUCUCUAGUACGUCAGGAGCAUCCUCGUUUGGAUAACCGCGGUGCUACAAAAAUAUUGGCAGACUGGUGGGCUUUUCUGGAUCCUAAUGAAAAGCAGAAAUAUACUGAUAUGGCAAAAGAGUAUAAGGAUGCUUUUAUGAAAGCAAAUCCAGGCUAUAAGUGGUGUCCUACGACUAACAAACCAGUAAAGCCUCCAUCACCAAAUGUUGCAACAAGGAAAAAAAUAUGGCCGUACCCUCCAGAAGCUGUCAAAGAACUUCCAAGUCCCAAGAAUGUGUCAAAAGGAGAUGAAAUGCCUCAGCUUAAUUUUGGCAUCGCAGAUCCAACACAGAUGGGUGGACUCAGUAUGCUGCUUCUAGCAGGUGAACAUGCUUUGACUGCACAGGGGGAUCACGCUUUGGCGGAACACAUAGAAAGCUCAGUGACCGAGGUAUCUUCCAGUGUUUGCAAGUCAAAGGAUUCAGACUCUUCCCCACCCAGCAGAAAUUCUGAAUUCUUUCAGUUUGCUGAAAUUUCUUCCAGUACAUCACAUUCAGAUGUCCCGACACCUGCUAAGCGAUGUGAGAAGUCAGCACUGUUCCAGUUUGCUGAGAUAUCUUCAAAUACUUCACAAAUUGACAGUCUAGAACCCUCGAAACGUUGUGGGAAAUCUGCCCUUUUCCAUUUAGCAGAGAUUUCAUCAAACACAUCACAUUCCGAUUCGCCCGCAUCAACAAAGCAGUGUGGGACAUCAGCAUUGUUUCAGCUUGCAGAGAUGUGUGUGGCAUCAGAAGCUGUGAAAAUAGAAACUUCAGGAGAUGUAAACACUGAUACAAUUAUGGUGCAGAAUCCACUAUGCUUGAAAGAGACAAAGUCUGAAGCAUCAGAUGAUGAAGUGAUUUCCAGCAGCCUUAAAGAUUAUUCUCAUGUUUGCAAAAAAAAUGAGUUUGGCCAUGUCAAAGUUAAAAAAGAGAGCUCCGCUUCCACAAAUCCUUCUGAAACAGAAUUUCUAGGACUCCUGAAACGAGAAAAAAAUAAAAAGAAGAAGAAAAAAAGCAAAAUAGAUCAUGAUGUUGGAGAGAAAAUAUCCCCAAAGAAAAGCUGUAAAAAAAGACAGUCAUCUGAGUCAGACAUUGAAAGUGUGAUGUACACUAUAGAGGCUGUUGCAAAAGGAGACUGGGGUGACGAAAUGCCUUUGGUUUCACCCAGCAAAAAAGUCUGUUGUGGUACCAGUCCAAAUCAUCAUUUUUCAGAUGUUAAGCAAAAAAAGAAGAAACUGAAGUCAAAGGAAAAGAAAGUAGUAAAGGAUAAAUUUGAAAAGUUCACAGAGGCUGCCAAAGAGCUGGUGAUGCCUGAGCCUAUAAAUUGUGCUCCUGUUUUGAAAGAGUCUACUGACAUGGCCCAAAACGUUAAAGACGAAGCACUUUCCCCUACAGAAGAGGUUCCUCCUGUGUGCUUGCCAGAAAUACUCAAACCUGAGGAUUGUUCAAGUAAUAAAAAAAUAGAGGCCUGUGGUUCAAGAAAGUCAGAAAGGUCCUGUAAAGGAGCACUUUACAAAACAUUAGUGUCUGAAGGCAUGCUGACCACUCUACGUGCCAAUGUUGACAGAGGCAAACGAAAUUCAGGAAAGGGUAACUCGUCAGAUCAUGAAGGCUGGAAUGAAGAUAGCUGGGGGUACAGUCAAACCGGACUAAGUGGGAGCAAAAAAUUGAAAAAGGCAAAGCCCUCAGAAGAGUCAGCUGUUGGACUAGCAAAACUGGAAGAGGAAUUUGAAAAGAAGUUCAACAGCCUUCCACAGUACAGUCCUGUUACAUUUGAUCGCAAAAAUGUGUCCGUUCCUAGAAAAAAGAAAAAGAGUGGCAAUGGACAAAAUGAUCAGAAAACAAACAAAGGCACAUUCCAGUCCCAGAAAAAGAAUUUGUUUCACAAGAUUGUAAGCAAAUACAAAAAUAAGAAAGACAAGCAAAGUAUUUCGGAUAAAGCCAUAUUAGAAGAUAAAACCACCAGAGACAGCUCCGGAUCCAGUCAUUUUGCACCAGUUCCCAACAUUCCGGAACCUAUAGCCAUUCAGGAACCUCUGGUUGGAAGCCAAAAACGAAAAGCGAGAAAAAAUAAAAUCACACAUCUUGUUCGGCACGUGGAGGGUCAGUCUUCCACUGGAGUACAGGGUCUUGAAGAGCAAAUUCUCUCAAACAAUUGUCAAAAAAAUGACAACAAAAAUGACAAUUGCAAAGGAGAACUCGUAAUUCCAGGAGAAGAAGAGGUGGACCAGAAUCAUAGUAUUAGUCAAGAUAUGCCAUCUGUAUCUGCAUUUUUUAGUCUGGCUGCUCUUGCUGAAGUAGCAGCAAUGGAAAAUAUUCACAGAAAUCCCAGGACCACACAUCCUUGUGAUGGACAGAAGAAAGAUAUGCCCCAGUCAGCUGUGCUGAUUUCUUGUGCUGACCAGUGAGGCUUCACCUUGUUGCAGAACAUUUCUCAAUAUUAAAUAUAAGUUUUCAGCCUUGUGAAGGCAUAUUUUUCCAAGAAAUGGAAGACUAGAACGGGGCGGCCAAGUGUGUUUUUUAUAUGGAGGACCCUGAUUUAACUUGAAAUUUAGCGCUUGGGCUUGUGAGUGGCCUAAUGUAUGGAGUAAUCCUCGAGCUUGAUUUGCUUUGAGGCUAACAAGUGGAAUGACGAUCGAUGGCGUAGAAGAGGCUUGUACUGUGUCUCAUUCAAGAGUCUCUUGUAUGAAUCAGAGCGUGAUAUUAGUUUCAUAAAAUAGUUAUUCAAAAGAAGAAGAAAAAAAAACACUGAUGCACUGCACUAGUUAAUAGUUAAUAUUUUCAGUCAUUUUGUACAUUAAGUUCCAAAUAGUUUAUAAAAUAGUUUAUGCUUACAUUUAUAUUGAGAUUUAGUUUUAGAAAAACAAAAAUUCCAGCAAUGCCUAAGAUAUAGAGUCGGAUGUACCAUUCUUAGGGUUCUUGUGUGCCUAGGCUGCAGUCCUUAUACUUCUGCACUUCCUUAAUUCAUAAUGGUUUGCUUCAUUCUGUAUUUAUUAGAAUCGUGGGAGCUUAAUGCUGACAUUUGUGUUAUUCUAGCCCCUAAAUUAAUUUCUCCUGCAUAUUUAGAGGAUUAAUUAUAUCCACAACAGCCCAUGAUUCAAACAGACACCUGUAACUGUAUUAUAAACGUUGUUUUCGGUUUUCUAAUAAGAAGCUUCCAUUGCUGCAGAAGAAAUUAUAUAUUAUUUUGAAGAAAACACUCAGUUGUAUGCCUUAAUAGACUGGUUACUGAGCUGCCAGGUGUUACAGUGAGAACUGGCAUAUUACUAAAAGCUACAAUAGAGCUGGCGACAAUAUUGAACACACCUUUUCCAGGGGUAUUAACUGGCUUUGCAAGGAGAAUUUUGUUCGUAAACCUUUGUGUUAGAUGCUCAUUGUUGUAAUGCAUCUCUUACUGAACUGUACAUCUAAACAACCAAACUGUUGAAAGUUAUAAGAAGAUUUGUAGAUGGAUACAAAUAAUCCAAGUAUAGCUACUAGCCAGCUGACUCCAGGCUAAUAAAUAUCCUAACUAUGCACUAAUUAUCUGAUGCAAAUCAAAAAAGGAAA